AUGUCGGUCCUCGCUGCCGUCACAUUCGCAAUUAUGCUGCUCGCCGUCUUUCCAGUCUCCGGUGGUUUCCUCAACCCUGCAAUUGCCUUGUCUGCCGCAUUUGUGGGUCUCAUCUCUAUGUCUCGAGCUUUCCUUUACAUUGUAGCAGAAUGCAUAGGUGCCGUGCUCGGCGCCCUAGCACUCAAAUCCGUGAUCAGUAGCGAAAUCGAUAAUAACUUCGCUCUUGGAGGUUGCGCCCUCAGUGUCAUCACACAAGGCCCAAAUGGGGGGCCCACUAUUGUAGGAAUUGACACAUAUCAAGCACUUUCUCUUGAGACCCUAUCGAAUUUCGUGAUGAUUUUCGCCGCCUGCGGUAUCGGAUUCAAUCAAAGCGGAAAAUUGGCUCCUAAACCAGUGUUUAUGUUUUCGGUCAUUGGAAUCGUGGUGGGAUUGAUGAUUUAUGUGACAUCGACGGUGACGAUGGUUAAAGGAUAUGCUGGUGCAGGGUUGAACCCUGCACGUUGUAUUGGACCAGCAAUUGUUAGAGGUGGGUUACUGUGGGACAGGCACUGGGUCUUCUGGGUGGGCCCAUUUAUUGCUUCUUUGGCGUUUUAUGUUUACACUAAGAUUAUACCAAGUGAGACUUUCUUCUCACAAGAUUCCGCCAAAGCAUGA